CGCUGCAUGCAGUACUUCACUCACCCAAAUCGCCAUGGAUGUAGUUUGUUAUUGGGAGCGACAUACUAGGGCGGAUCAUUCCGACUGCAGCCAGGGGACCUGAUACUAUGUACUUAACAUAUCAACCGCAACAUUGUGCGCGUCGAUCGGAGUAUUGACUGCAGAAAGGUCUGCUCUCCUUUCCCGUUGCGACUUAAGUCCUCCGUACUAGCAGGGGUAAAAUGGCAUUGUUAAUGUUCAGAAGGCAAGGCCACGCGGGAGAUGGGUCCAGACAUUCUCGAAUGAAAUCGCACGAGGUGACAACUCGUUUUAGUAAAGUGGGUAGUCCCAAGUGCUUGGCGCUAGUAGUAGCCAGCAUUAGUUCCAUUCUCGGCGUGAAUCCUUCUGGAGGCCCCCUCGACUCCUCCUUUGACCGUGAUCGCUACUGGUUAGGGGAAACCAAGUCCUUAGCUCUGGGACGAUCACCAAAAUAUAGGCCACCAGCGCUAUCGGUUGGAAUCGUGGCAAGUGGAGCUUGUGGGGACCCGAGAAACAGUGACCCAGACUAUUCAGCGUGGAUGAAGUCAGAGAACCAGAGUAACCGACGGUUCCAUUGGGCAGAAAUCGAUGAGGUAUUUUUUCUUCUUGCACAUUAAAGUGACUGCGGUAAUUGAACGCAUGAAGAGUAGGGGAACAACAUGAUCAACCACUAGGGUCGAUCAGCGGUCAUCCAGUCGUAGGAGAGUUUUGGAAACAAGCAGAUAUGGGCGGAAGAGCAUCCACC